AUGGAUCCAUCAAUGGCUCUUAUUAAAGGAUUGAAAACCUGGGCUCGUUGGGUCGACAAACACAUCGACACCACCAACCGCAAAGUGUUUUUUCUGGGCAUCUCCCCUACGCAUAGCAGAUGUAAUGGGGUGGCUAAGCUUUUGGGCAAAAAGUCGAGCGACACUGUGACAUAUCCAGAUCAAAUGAAGGCGUUGCAUGAGGUGUUGAUUUCCAUGAAAAAGCGUCCGUUUUUGCUCAACAUUACCAUGUUAUCGGCCAUAAGGAGGGAUGCCCACCCCUCAUUCUAUGGUGGGACAUCAAACAAUCUCGACUGCAGCCAUUGGUGUCUUCCAGGAUUGCCCGACACUUGGAACCAACUUUUCUACACUGCUCUACUUUCCUCAUACUAG